GUAACAUUACUCCACCAUACAUACAUAACCUUACUUUUAUACGUCAAAAUAAUGCGUGAAUGUGUAUAAAUUCGUAAUAUUACAAUAAAAAUUGAAAAAUAUUUAGCCAUGAUAUCUGCUACCCGUUUGUUUGUUGGGAAUCUCCCAGAUAAUACAGAAGAAAAAGAACUAUACUCAGCUUUUUCUAGUUUUGGUGAAAUUACUAGUGUGGACUUAAAAUGCAAACCUGGCGAUGCAAAAGAAAGCAAGAAGUUUGCUUUUGUAACACUAUCUGCCGGUAAUGGAGACGUGGAAUCAUGUAUUAAACACUUUACCAAGGAAGAAUUUAAAGGCAGCAGGCUGUAUGUGACUAGAGCAAGAGAAAGUUUCUUAGAAAGACUACAAAGAGAGAGGGAACUAGCCAAAAUAAAAGAAGCUGAGAAGCUUGCUGAAGAAGAAAACUUGCCUAAGAAAAACCCUGUUUUAAAAUUAAGUAGUAAGCUAAAUCCCCGGAAAAGGAAAGCAGACGAAAGUCAUGUAAAGGACCACAAUCAUAGAACUAAUAAGCUUGACAAUAAUCAAGAUGACUGGAAUAAUAUUCAUGACAGUAAGCAGAAAAAUAAGAAACAUCAAAGAGAUGGAUCUAAUUUACUUGCGGGUGAUGCUGCUGACAACAAAAAUUUAUCUGCUGCAACUGAAGCAGAUAAAAGAAAGCAUGAGGCAGAAAAGAAACGAUUGGAAAGCAUGAAAAAGAAGAGACAAGAAUUUAAAGAGAAGAAAAUGAUCAUCAAAUCUGGAUUAACUGGUGUUGAUAAGGUACAAAAUAAGAAGCUUAUAUUUUCGGAUGCAGAAGAUGACAUACCAAGGGUAACAAAAACACCUACCAAUACAAAUAAAGGAAACCAAAAUCAUACUGUUCUAUUUGAAGAUGAUGAUGCAGAUGAAUCUGACAAUGAUUUGAACUUUGAAGUUAAAAAGCAAUAUGAAGGCAAAAAGGGACAGAAGGUUUUAGAUUUGCAAUCAAGAUACAAAUCUGAUAAACGUUUCACCUUAGAUGAAAGAUUCAUUGAUGAUGAUGAGGAUGAAGAAACUGACAAUAAAGAAACCAAUACUAUCGAAGAAGUAGAAUUGGGUACAGCAGAUGAAAAAGCGAAACAAAUGAAUAUAUUACAAGAUGUACUCGGUGUUACGCUCAAACCUAAAUAUUCCGAAAAUAUUGAUAGCAAAAAAAGCAAACCUAAACUAGGUAUGCUUAGAUUUGAUCCUCAUCAACCCGAUCAUGCUAAAUUCUUGGCACCAGUUGAACCAAAACCGGACCUUACUAAAAAAACCAAGAAAAAAAAUAAAGAAAAACAAGAAGCAGUCAAAGAAGUGGAACCUGUACCAGAAGGCCCGAAAAUUGAAGUUUCGAAAGAACAGUUUUAUAAAGUCAGCGACACUUUGAAAGAAGCUAUUGCACAACCAACGCAAUUUAGUUUAAGAAGUCUAUUUGGCAAUAAAGAUAAUGAUGAUGAUGAUAAUAAUGAACCACAGGAACAGGAAACAGAUUAUAUACCCCUAGAACCACCAAAAGCAAAAAAAGUGAAAAAUCCUUUGGACCCUAAAGAAAAGAAUCCCUUUGUUUACGAUUCUUCUGACUCGGAAGCCGAGGAAGCGGAUCAAAAAGAGGACAAAGCAAAAAAAGAGGAGACCUUACCAACACCUGCCACUGAAACUAAAGCUGUGUGGAAAGAAAAUUUGUUUUUCUCCAAAUUCGAUUCUCGUCUUAAAGAUGGCCUAGAAUUCUUCAACAAAGCACCCGACAACGAAAUUCAAAAAGAAAGACGAGAGUUGAAAUCGUUGAUGAAAAAACGUAUCUAUAACAAGGACAGAAAGAAUCAAAUGUUCAAAAAGAAAAUAGGUGGCAAAAAGAAAUCUUUAAAAAAGCCAUAUAAAAAUAAAAGUUAACAAUGAUAGUGAAUAAAGAAGUAAAUAUUUACACUG